GGCUGCAACCCACAGGGAAGGGUCAGGGUUGGGAGACCCAGACAGACGUGGAGGAGCUUACCCCACAGACAGGUGGAGACAGCUGGCAGGACAUGGUUCCAACUGAAACUUCAUCUCUUUUCACGAGGCGAGCGCGCGUGCAAGCUGACGCCCCUUUGCUUGAGGUCGGGCUGACUGUUUCGGGCGAUAACGUUGUCGCUGCAUGACGUCAUCUGCCGAUACAUAAGCGUGAACGGACUUUAACGGUCUCCGCAGUCAGUCGACGACCUCAGCAGGCUGAAGUUGAUGUGACAGGACAGGCUACAGAUGUGGUCAUGGCCGAGUGGGACGAGCAAAAGGAAGCUGGCACUUUGAAGAACGACAUCCAGAACAUCAUAGACGCCCUCAACACACACCACAGGAACGUCAACAUUUCCAGAGUCACCGGAAGUUCUGUUGCCAUUGCCACUGGAGUGCCUGCAGCAGCCUGCGCCAUCGCCGCGCCCUUCACCUUAGGGGUGACCUUGAUACCAGCCAUUGUCCUGGGCAUCAUCGCCGCCGUUGGUGGAGGUGUGUCUGUCGGCGCAACAGUCGCAGGAUAUUUCAUCAAAAGACAAAAAGUUAAAGAAGUGCAGGAGAAAUGGGAUACUUUUCGCCAGAAUGUUAUCGCAAACCACAAAGACAUCGCAGAGGUGCGGGACCUCCUUCUGAAACUAAACCCAAGAACAAGCGGCGCCGCCAUCACACCCAAGGACGCGUUGCAAGGUGCUGCCGAGUUCGUGCGAACUUCCGGUGGUAUUUCAAGUGCAGUUGUUCGUGGAGCUCUGAAGUCGACAGCAGCAGGAGUGCGAAUCACAGCCCCGCUGCUGGCUGCUGCCAGUGUCGUCGCCCUGCCGCUGGACAUCGUUGACCUGGUGACGGCCAGCCUCGCGCUUCACAGAGGCGAACAAUCGACUGCCACGGAGUCUCUCACGCAUAUAGUUACCUUUCUUGACAGAAUCGCCAACAACUACAAUAACAAUGACAAUAACAGUAACGAUGGCAGCGACGAAGACAACGGCAAUGCCGAAAGCGAUGACCAAGACAAUGAUAAUGACAAUUACGACGACAUUGAACUUCUACUUGACUAUGAUAAUGAUGAUGACCCCUUUGGUCAGUUUCUCCUUCAGUUCAGCUGUAACCCAGUGGCCAAGUCCUCAACAUCAGAAACAAAGCAAGAAGAAGAAGCACUUGAACUCACAGCGAACUCUAGAGUGUAAACGCAAACACACUAAGUUUUACACAACAGACAGCACAAAACAAUAAUUGUACGGGGUCCUGAUACUGCAACCAGUCGCUGGGAUUAAAAGCUUCAAAGUAGAAUUAACAGGUCGCUGACUAUGAUCUGAGUACUACUACUGCUACUACAAGUAGAUACAAUGUUUAUCUAUUUAGUCUGUGACAGCGAUCAACAAUACAGUGCGACCACCCCGUGUGACAUUACGGAUGGAUGAGGAGCAACCAAAUGUGUGAGAGUUGGGGCCGCUAGCCGGGCCUUUGCAGACUCCAUAGCUCUACAGACAGAGAGAAAGCAUGUGUGAUAAAGUCGCUUAUAAAGACAUAUUGAAAACUAAAACAGCAGGAUUCAUUAAUUUGUCUUCAUGCAGAUGUGUGCUACAAGCUGGCCCAAGCAAAAGUCGAUGAAUGAGGAUAUGCAUUUUGGUUUUGUAAACACUUUUUCAUUAGUCAUGGUAUCUGUGUAUAAAUAACUCAAGCUAAUUUGUGUCUGUCUUCACUAAUGUCAAUGAAUAACGGAAGUGCAUUCUUGUGCAAGGGUAUAAGCGGUGUUAACGUGCCAAUGAAAGCGAGGCUGAAUGAGCAUAACAGUACUCGACCUAAGCGGCCUAAAAACUGUCGGGAGACAAAGAGUGAGAUGGUCCAUUGCAUUCGAUGAUCACCAUCCCUAUGCUGUAAAACUGAAUGGUUCAUGUUUCAGAAUACUGACUGUACACUUAUUUCUGUAUCUGUGACGAGCUGCAUGAGUUGUGUUUAAGUAGCAAACAUGUAUUUCAGCACCUGUACAGUCACACUAUAGUGAAAAGGGGAAAAGGGGUGGUUGUAAGUUGGUCCUACUGUCUGGUAAACAGCGAGCCAACCCAGAUCUUAGUGGAGAUGGUCUUUUGAGAUCAUUGACCAAAUUUUAAAAAUUUGCUUCCAUUCAACCCAUUAUCAAAUACAUUCCUCUUAACUGCAUUGCUCUUCUGGAUAGGGAUGGUGGUGUGAUGCUAACCUGAAUGUGAAUUCUAAUGAUUGUAGUGAAAUUAGUAACAUCAUGAGCACUGACAUUAUGUGCAAGCAAAGAGGAAAACUCAUCCUCUCUGGUGCAAGUAAGUGAUUGUCACACAGGGUGGACAGGAAGUUAACGAAUCAGCACAGCACAAGUGGUCAAACUGCACCUGUUGAAUGAGUAAUAGUAUUUAGUAGUCUGAGAGAGAAUAUAAUUAACUGUCGUCGGCCACAGAUUCACUUCCCAGGGAGACAUGGCAAGUGGAGGGACACUACGUGUAGGGGACUGGAGGCUGCGUCAUCCGAGAAUAGUGUGGUAUUUGUAAAUUUUGUAUACCUACGAUUUGUUGUAUAAGUUGAAAUUUUGUAUUAGUAGUUUAUUUUUGCUGUAACUGUCCAUAGGCGCAGUCUAAGGGCCAUGAGAUGGACCAUGGAGUGAAGGGUUGUAAGUGUUUAGGCCUGGCUAAUGACCAUGUAGAUGCAAUGUAAGUAGUGUUUGAAAUAUGUGACAAGUUGGCCCUAGUAACUGGCAAGAACUUACUUUCCUAAGAAGAAAGAACUGGAUUAAAUCAGCAAAUUAGUGUUAACUUCAUGACUUUUAUAUAUGGUUCACUUGGCCUAACUUUACUCAAAUGGGGUAGGUAAAGGGAAGCAAAAACCAGUGGGUUAAUUCUGUACACAAGACAAUUAGCCUAUUAUGACAACUGGUCAAAACAUCAGACACAGGUCUGUCUACCUUACAUUUAAUCUAUUGAAAUAAUUUGCUACUUUUUAUCUACCUGUAGAUCUCUACCUAUUUGUUCACUUUCAGGUAAAGGCAUUUGUCAUCACCUUCUCCCAGUAAGUCAACCCACAGAGUUAAUGCCAAAAAAGACCAUUCAAACACCUAAGCCAUAAGCUAGGAAGCCAUCAGUGAGCAUUAAUUAUUCAUUACUACGAUACAAAAUGGUCACUGUCAAGAGUAAUGCAUGAUUAAUAAAUGUGUUUUAUGUGAAACUGUUGACAUGAUGUCUACCAAUUGAAUGUUCUUAAUGUUUCUAGCUUCAACAUUAUACCUCUUGAUGAUUUUACAUCCUUGCAUGGUAAGAUACUCAUAUAUUUCAUGUCAACUGGUUAAAACAUCUGCAGUAGCUAAGCUAAAGUAUUGAUGAUAAGAGUAGACCUAAUUGUUGCUUCAAUAACAAGAGGUUUAUUAUAACCAUUGUUUACACUUUAAGACUGUUGACUGCAGCAGUUUUACUCUUGACACAUCUUUUAUAAACUCGCGAUAUCAAGUUCUGAUUGUGCACUGCAUGCUACAUAAAAAUUAUGUUACUUCACCAAUGGUACCAAGUAGCCGAUAAUAAUGAGGUACUAUGUUCCUUUAUAACAGACUCCUGUCUCUUGUUUUGCCUUGUUUCUGACCUUGGAUGAAAUACAG